AUGACUGUGGCCACUGUAAUCUUCAGAUCCGAACUGGCACUGCUAUUGGCUGCUCUGAUGGCCACGAGGCUCACGGUUAAUGCUUCGAAGAAUGCACUUUACCGAGUCCUUUUUCUCGCCACUGUCGGCUCGACCUUGGUCACUGCUCUCUGCAGUCAUGUAAUUCUACUGCCGCUGUCAGCGAGGAAUUACCCUGGUGGAGAGGCACUCGAAGUACUUCAUGAAUAUUACUGUGAAAACUGGCAGGUUAUUGUUGACGAUAUUGUGAAAGACAGGUCACAGCCUCAGGUUCGCGUCCAUCUUGCCAAUCUAGCACUUCAGACCGGAGUCACAAAGUUUCUUGAACAACCAAAUUUUCCUACAGCUCUGGACAGUGCACUGUAUGGGGUGGGUGCGGCAUACCUCGACGUUGAGCGGCGAGAUCCACUUAUCCUGCCCGGGGAUGAGCAUCAUCCUGCGCUGACCAUUCGUCCAACGAUACCUAGCCCAUCGCCCGCCCUGAUCAGGAAACGAGAAUUGCUUAGAAGUCCCACUUGGGUGUACGACAAGACUCCUGAAGACACAAAGUUGCUCAAACCUGCUUUCUGGGACCAAUUCGACUUUGUGAUCGUUGAGCAACCUGGAAUAGCAAUAGGCGCGUGGGAGGUCGUACACGAGAUCAAGGCCGUCGGAACGCCGAGGUUGGUCAAGUCAGGUGAACAGACUGUGAAUGGGCCUGACGGCACAAAAGCACUUCUGCAUGCCAUGUAUCCCGAGCCUAUCGCAUCCAUCCUGGAAAGAUUGCAUAAUAUUGCUUACAGCCUUCUAUGUUUGGGGAAACUCUCUCCGAUCGGAAGCAUCACAAGAGGCUAUUGGAUCGAGGUGCCACUUCAACCGAAGCUGUUCAUCCUCAAGCGAGCAACUUCCGGUACCGUCCCCAAUAUCGGUGUGAGUGCAUCGAUGGGUAACGAAAAGCUUGCAGAUACUCAACAUGGUAGGGGUAGGUCACAGGAAGAGAUACUCGAGUUACCCGAUACGGCCUCAACCGAUCAGAACCCCCUUUCUUUCAACAAGCUCGGACCCCUGGUUGUCAACAAGGAUGGCACUCUGUCUAGACUCGAGAAUUGGGAGCACAUGAACGAACAAGAACGUAAGAAGACAGUUUCCUAUCUCAAGAAGCGGAACAUGCUCAGAUUGGAUGAGGCACAAGCUGCAAUUACUUAG